AUGAAAAGAUAUCCCAAUGCUAAAGUGAUAUUGACAGUACGCGAUCCAGAUAAAUGGUAUAAGAGUGUUAAAGAUACAAUUUAUGAUGCGCGACAUCAAUUUCCUGGCUGUUAUGUAAAACGAUUCAAUCUGUUAAAAUAUGGUCGGAAAUUUUGGGAAACAUAUAGAGUUGAUGAAAUGGCUCGGGCAAUUAUAUGGACAAAAGCCUUUCAUAAUCAAUUUAAAGAUAAACAAUAUGCAAUUGAAUUGUUUCAGCAGCAUAAUGCUAGAGUCCAACGUGUAGUGCCAAGAGAGCGUUUACUUGUUUAUGAUGUCAAACAAGGUUGGGCACCAUUAUGUAAAUUCUUAAACGUUCCAAUACCAUCGGAGGAGUUUCCCUUUGUAAACGAUGCUAAUAUCCAUCGUAGAGAUAUAGAAAAAGAAAAUCGACUUGGCUGGAUUAUUCUCAUUGCUUUAAUCAGUAUUUUAUUGGCUUUUGUUUUAGUUCUUCUAAUGUCACAUAUGAGGAAAACUGUUUAA